UGCAGAUGCGGACAGUAACCAACCUCUCAGAAACAUGAACCCCGACUGGAGUGAACAAGACUGCCGCAGGAACGGGAACCAGGGACUAUUACAAGAUCCCACAGAGAGCCGUGCUGUACCUAAAUCUGAAGCACAGGAGGGGCCAAGGAUAGAAGCAGUUUACACGCUAGAGGAGUCCUUUCACCAGGAGUGGUGUGCGAGUCUAGAGCAGGUUACAGAGCUGGCGUGUGUUAAAGAUGAAGAGGUCCCUCGACUGGAAUGUGUUCCUGUUAAAGAGGAAUUAAUAGAACAGGAAUGUGUCCCCAUCGCAGAGGAAGAUCCUACUGAAAAUAAUGCCUGUACACUUGAGGAGAACAAGCUGGGAUCCAGCCUGUGUGAUGAUCGUCCACCUGAAUGUGAACUGGGGUUUAGAGCUUCUACAGUGGAUGAAGGAGAACUCGACUGCACUCCAUCACAUCACAGCAAAAACUCUUCCAGUGUUAAACUACAGACUGCACAGCCUGUGUGUGUCAACAAUUCUGAAACCCAGGGCAACCUGAAGACCUUGCCUCGUUGUACUAAAGGUGGGAAGAGUUCCAUUCAAUUAGGAUAUCCUAAAACUGUCAAGAGAAAUCACACAGGAGGGGCUCCAUUUCCCUGUGCUGAUUGUGGGAAGAGUUUCAGUUGUUUAUCAGAUCUGGAAACACACAAGCGUGUUCACACAGGAGAGAAACCUCAUUACUGCACUCAGUGUGGGAAGAGAUUCACACAGUUAGGACAUCUUCAAUCACACCAGCGCAUUCACACAGGAGAGAAACCUUAUCGCUGCAAUUACUGUGAGAAGAGUUUCAAUGAUUCGGGACAUCUUAAAAAACACCAACGAAUUCACACAGGAGAGAAGCCGUACCACUGUAAUAACUGUGCGAAGUGUUUCACACAGGUACAACAUUUAAAAGCUCACCAGCGCGUUCACACAGGAGAGAAACCUUAUCACUGCUGUGACUGCGAGAAGCGCUUCAGUGAAUUAGGAAGUCUUAAAAAACACCAACGAAUUCACACAAGAGAGAAGCCGUACCACUGUAAUGACUGUGCGAAAAGCUUCACUCAGUUACAACAUUUAAAAACACACCAGCGCGUUCACACAGGAGAGAAACCUUAUCACUGCAAUUACUGCGAGAAGUGCUUCAGUGAAUCGGGAAGUCUUAAAAAACACCAACGAAUUCACACAGGAGAGAAGCCGUACCACUGCAGUGAAUGUGAGAAGAGUUUUAGUCACUUACAAAGUCUGAGAAAACACCUACGAAUUCACACAGCGAUGAAAAAGGAAAAGGCUGUCGCAGCGCUAGAAAGGCAGGACUGCGGCUUGGCUUCUUCACGGCUAAACCCCUGGAGCAAGGUGCAAACGCUGGGCUUCUCUUUGCAUCCCUCCAGGCUGGACCACGGGGCAAGGACCAUCGUGGGAUUGUUCUUCAUGAGAGGAACCUCGGUUACGCGCAGGAACGGGAUCCAGGGACUAUUACAAGAUCCCACAGAGAGCCAUGCUAUGCCUAAAUCUGAAGCACAGGAGGGGCCACGGACAAAAGCGGUGUGCACACAAGAGGAGUGCUUUGACCAGGAGUGGUGUGCAAGUCAAAACCAGGUUACAGAGAUGACAUUUAUGAAUGAUGAAGAGGUCCCUCGACUGGAAUGUGUUCUUAUUAAAGAGGAAUUCAUAGAACAGGAAUGUGUCCCCAUCACAGAGGAAGAUCCUACUGAAAAUAAUGCCUGUAUACUUGAGGAGAACAACAGGCUGGGAUCCAGCCUGCGUGAUGAUUGUCCACCUGAAUGUGAACUGGGAUUUAGAGCUUCUACAGUGGAUGAAGGAGAACUCGACUGCACUCCAUCACACCACAGCAAAAACUCUUCCAGUGUUAAACUACAGACUGCACAGUCUGUGUGUGUCAACAAUUCUGAAACCCAGGGCAACUUGAAGAGCUUGCCUUGUUCCACUAAAGGUGGGAAGAGUUCCUGUCAGUUAGGGUCUCCUAAACCAUUUCCCUGUGCUGAUUGCGGGAAGAGUUUCAGAUGUUUAUCUCAUCUGAAAACACACAAGCGUGUUCACACAGGAGAGAAACCUCAUUACUGCACUCAGUGUGGGAAGAGAUUCACACAGUUAGGACAUCUUCACUCGCACCAGCGCAUUCACACAGGAGAGAAACCUUAUCACUGCAAUUACUGUGAGAAGAGUUUCAACGAAUUAGGAAGUCUUAAAAAACACCAACGAAUUCACACAGGAGAGAAGCCGUACCACUGUAGUGAAUGUGAGAAGAGCUUCACUCAGUUACAACAUUUAAAAGCACACCAGCGCGUUCACACAGGAGAGAAACCUUAUCACUGUUACGAAUGCAAGAAGAAUUUCAGUCAGUUACAAAAUCUCAGAAAACACCUACAAAUUCACACAGCGGUGAAACCCUGAAUGCUGGGAAAGGUUUCCUGUGGUGGAGCCCAUUCAAAACCAGAACCUCUUAGCAAGAUAAAAACCCUGUCACUGAAGAGUAACGUGAUUAAACCAAAAAAAACAAACAAAAAAACACAUUCCUUCACAAAGACACCUCAAAAGUGUUCAUUGCACAGGCUGCGUUUACAGACAAGAGGAUAACGUUCCGGUCGGAGAUACGGAGCUACACCAGGCACAGUGUGAGGUACUAUUUCACACCCUAGCUGGUAAGAGACAAACAUGCCGAGAUGUUUAACUCGUGGGAGAUGUUGCUUUCAGACUGAGACUGCAAACAUUCAGUAAUAAACUUCUCUUGAAGGGGACACAUGGGCCUGUGCCAGGACUUUAUUGCUGUUGUUUCAAUCUAGGGCAGGUUACAGAACUAAACAAAUAUGACCUCUUAAAAAAAGAUAAAAUGUAAAUAUGAUUGGCUAAGUGACGUGCCCUCCCAUCUGCUGGUAAUAAAGCCGAGCAUCUUCCACUGAGAAUGGUGAAUCUUGAAGUUCCAUACAUUUGGCACACGACUCCAGAUCUUCCUGAACACUUAACCUGCCCACAGAAAAACUAGAGCCUGCGCUUCCUCAGCGUGCCAAGGCUGUGCUUUCCUCUCAUCACCUCGCUGUUUGCUUCUCACUCGGCUCUACAAAUGGAGUGGAGAACCACCCUUGCCCGUACCGUAUGGAGCCCUCAUGGGUAAGAUGUGUGGGUGGAGAAGGGGUAUUGGGGUACCAGCAGUGGUAGCCCUAGUGACAUUUAAUAAACAAAACAAAGCAAAAAAGAAAUGUUUGCCAUACAAAAUGGCGAGUGCUAGUCUCACUCAAAUGGUCAUCUAGCAAAGUGUCUGCUGCUGUGAAUCACAGCUGAUUUCCCAAAGCAGCACACACACUAAGAACCAGUGACAAGCCGCUCCCCCCCCAUCACAACCCC